AGUCCCAGGUCUCCCAACGCCAUAGUCAUCCUCUAACUGAUUACAAAUUCAGAUAAAACCUCUCUCUUUCUCUCUCUGAUUGAUUGUACUCUCUUUUGUGGAUCAUCAAAAGAAAGUCGAAGUUUGAAUCUUGGUCUAUGAUUGGUUUCAGAGUUAUAGCUUAUCGCUGAAAAGAAAUAUUGAUGCUGGAGGAAGCAUGAUGUGGUUAUAAGAGAUUUCAAUCUGUUCCGUGGCUUUUGUGGGAUUGUCAAUUUUCUGGUGAUCCAUUGUCUGAUUGCUUAUAUAAUUCAGGAAAGUGCAGGAAAAAAGGAUUUGGGUUUAUGAUUUCUGGUUGUUCUGUUAUUGAUGAUGGGAAAAUAAACUUCUACUAGCCAAAUUCGGCUUAGUGAAGUUUGAGCUCCUCGUUUCCUGGAUGAUCCAAGAAUUUUGGUUUUGUUUUCUGGUCCAGUGUUCUAUGAGCAUUAGAAAAGAGCCUUAAUAUUUUAGAUUAAUUGUCAAAAAAUGGAUAGUUCAGGGUUGGCAGGUGGGUUUUUGUCCGGGCCAAAUGGGGUGAUAUUAGACCUCGAUUCGUCGAUGCAUAGGCACCAACAGACCCAGUUGGGUCAUCCAUCAUUAAGACAUCAACAUCAACAUCAAAUGAAUGUUCUAAGUGGCCUUGAGAGUGAUCACCACCCUAUUGGACUUAUGGAAGAGAAAGGUGUGAUCUUGAAAUGUAUGCCAAUGAAUUUUAGUAAAGGGAAGGCAAGUGCCCCCAUUAGCGUCCCUGACGGUAACAAUAUGAGUGAAGAAGACGAGCCUAGUUUUACAGAAGAUGGGAAUGGGGACAAUGUUGAUGGUGGGAAAAGGGGGUCUCCAUGGCCGCGAAUGAAGUGGACAGAUGAAGUGGUUAGGCUUCUUAUAGCAGUGGUGGCUUGCGUGGGUGAUGAUGGUGUGCAUGAGGGUGGGGAAGGGCUCAAGAGGAAAUCUGGGAUUUUACAAAAGAAGGGUAAGUGGAAAACAGUAUCGAAGAUAAUGAUAAGCAAGGGUUGCCAUGUUUCACCACAGCAGUGUGAGGACAAGUUUAAUGACUUGAACAAGAGGUACAAGAGGUUGAAUGAUAUUCUUGGGAGGGGAACUAGCUGUAGAGUGGUGGAGAACCCUGCUCUUAUGGACUCAAUGCCCCACCUCUCAGCUAAGGCAAAGGAUGAUGUUAAAAAGAUACUGAGCUCAAAACACUUGUUUUAUAAAGAAAUGUGUGCUUACCAUAAUGGGCAGAGGAUACCCAAUUGCCAUGAUCUUGAUCUACAAGGUCAUGCUUUACCUCAUGGGGGGAGCUCAAAAGACAAUAAUGGAUCAGAGGAGGAAGAAGCUGAGGAACGUAAUGACAGUGAGGAUGACGAUAUUGAUAAUGAAGAUGAUAACAAUGCUGAAGCAGAUGGGGAGAGGAUGGGGGAGUUCAGUGGGAGAAUGAAGGUGAGUGAAGAAGAUGACCAUUUCUGGUCACAACCCGUUGGCCCGGAUGGUUUUGAAGCUGAAAUAACUGGGAUUUUUCAAGACCCCGCGAAGUCGUUAUGGGAACGAAAAGAGUGGAUUAAGAGGCAGAUGUUGCAACUCCAAGAACAAAGAGUCAGCUUCCAAGCUCAAGCUUUGGAGCUUGAGAAACAACAUUUUAAGUGGCUUAGAUACUGCAGCAAGAAAAGCAGGGAGCUGGAAAGGUUGAGGCUGGAGAAUGAGAGGAUGAAACUAGAGAAUGAGCGCAGGCUAUUGCAACUGAGGCAGAAGGAACUGGAGAUAGAUUUCAGGAGGUCAGAAGCACCGAUAGACCCUACUUCUGUUGACAUUGACGGAUUGCAAGGAAGAGAUCAGAUUGAUUUGGGCAGGCGGCAAUAGCUUCUUGCAAAAGGCCUACAAAUCAUGCAUGAUAUCCUGCUAAACCCUUAAAGCAUCACUGGGACACUAACCUUAGCCACUUCUGCUCUAGAUAAAUUUUAGAAAUGACUGAUGCUAUCUUCUGUGUUGAGCUUUUGGCUAUAAAGUUUUAAUGCAGAUCACUUAGCCUUUUUCCCCCUGAAUUUAUCUUGUUGUUCAGACCAUGUAAUUGCAUGUAAGUUGAAGUUAUAAUAUGAUUUGGUUUUUGGCUUCCGAUUU